UUAUCCGCCAAGAUGGGUAAAUGCCCAAUUACCGGUAGAGGAUCAUCCUCCGAGGCAGAUGCCUUUAGGGUGGAUAUAAGUGAUGACACUGUUAGAGCUACCAAAGGCGACAUUAUAGACAUGAUGAAACCGUUUUACUGGCCGGGGAAACCAACGGACUCCAAGCAUAAACGUGUUGUACUGCGAUCGUUCGUGUUAUUGGCAGUGUUCUUUCUAUUUGCUGGAAAGGCAUGCCACUUGUUGGCGCCAGUAUUUCUGGGUCAGACUGUUAACAGCCUUAAGGAAGGCGAGGGUGAAAAGUCGCUGUACUACCUUUUGGCAAUGGCGUUGUUGUUUUUCUCAGGGACACUCUGCGACGAAAUGAGGAACCUGCUUUACAGCUAUGUACAAUGCCACGGGCUAACUACUUUGGCGGAGACUUUCUACUCACACAUGUAUACCAUGGACUAUCAGUGGUUCCUGUCAGCCAAGGGUGGUGAGGUCAUCAGGUGUAUGACCCGUGGACUCGAGUCCAUGCGCGACCUGACGAGGUUCGGUGUGCUGCUAAUGGUACCCACGCUACUGGAAGCUACAUGCGUAUGUAUAUUGUUCGCGGCAUACUUCCAGGACCCCUGGCUAACGCUUACAGUGAUAAUAGGUCUAAUUCUGUACACAGCGGUCACUAUAGGUGCCACUAAUUGGCGUAAUAAGACAAGACGGGCUGAAGCGGAGCGUGAUGAUGAAAUGCAUAGUAUAUCCAAUGACGGUAUGAACAACUUCGAUACCGUCAAGUACUUCACCAACGAGAAGUAUGAAGUGGAUCGAUACACCGAAGUUGUACGCCAACACCAAAAGUGCCAAUGGAGAGUUAUAUCCAGCCUCAGCCUGCUGAACAUCUCACAGGAAAUACUGAAACAGUCAACAGUUGGGUUGUGCCUCAUGUUUGCCGUCAUGGCAGUCAAGCAGAAUAAAAUGUCAGUGGGUCAAAUGGUCUCCAUCCAGACGUACCUCUUCUACCUGUACAGGCCACUGUUCUUACUGGGAACCAUGUACGCAGCUAUAUGCAGAGCUGUGGCGGGGAUACAGAGCGCGGCUAACAUGCUCAAGUGCCAGCCCACAGUGGUGGAUCGCCCUGAUGCAAUCCAGAUAUCAUUGGACAACGGCACUGACGAAUCAAUGCCAAUGAUACAGUUCCAGGACGUGUGCUUCACAUUCCCAGAAAAGGUAGGACUCGAGUCGAAAGUAACCUUGAAGAAUAUUAAUUUCGCACUACCCAAGGGAAAGUCAAUGGCCAUAGUGGGACCUACAGGCUCAGGAAAGACCACACUCAGCCUCCUGCUGUGUAGAUUGUAUGACCCUACCAGUGGAAAGAUAUUAAUCAACGGAACUGAUAUCGCUGAUGUCACACAAGAAAGCCUGCGUAAGAAUAUCGGAGUAGUGUCGCAGAAUACAAUGCUGUUCCAUGCAUCGCUGCGUGAGAAUCUAAAGUAUGCCAAGUUGGAUGCAACGGAUUAUGAAAUAUACGAAGCGUUACGUAGAGCAAGCUUCCUAGAUAGAGUUAUGGCACUACCAGAGAAGCUGGAUACUGUAGUGGGAGAACGUGGAAUGCGCCUAUCCGGAGGAGAGAAGCAGCGUGUAAGCAUAGCAAGGUGCUUCCUCAAGGACCCACCAAUACUGAUACUGGAUGAGGCUACCAGUGCCCUGGAUUCCAAAACAGAAGCUGAUAUACAGUCGGCGUUGUUCAUGCUAUUCCACAACAGAACUGUUAUAACCAUCGCACACCGAUUAAGCACAAUCGUCGACUGCGAUAGCAUUAUGUACAUCGAAGCAGGCGAGAUUAAAGAGUUUGGAUCACAUGAUGAUCUCAUGGAAAAGGCAGGAUACUACAAGUCAUUGUGGGAUGCACAACUUAAAGCGACACCACUAAUGUCAAGAUCAUCCACUGGAAAGAAUGAGCGCUCUGCACAAUCUAGUCAGGAACAACCAAAAUUCAACAGUUGAACGCAUAUUGGAAGGCGCGCUGCGCAUUAGGAAACGAAGUGAACCCGAAGCGCAGAAGCUGCUACCUGACUUCAUCGACAAAAAAGAUGCACAUGGGAGGUAAUACACUUUAAUCCACCCUAACUAACCUAAUAUCGU